AUGAGUCGCGAUAAGGUCUUGACCGCAGCAGCGGUCGAGCGAAUGAUCGCCGACGACCAGACUAUUGUCAUCUACGAAGAUUCGAUUCUCAAGCUCGAUGGUUGGAUGGACAGACAUCCUGGUGGACGAUUGGCGGUUCUGCACAUGGUUGGCCGCGAUGCAACAGACGAAAUGAAAGCUUACCACUCCGAAUCGACACUACGAACAAUGAAGGCCUAUCGGAUCGGCCGGAAGCAGGGUCCUUGGACGAACCGCACACCACCAAUUAGAGGCGGUGUCUUUCGCAAGGACGCCCCCGAGGAGAUCGAAGUCGCGGAUUCCUCUGCUUCAGACACAGAAGAGAGUCUCAGCAGUAGCAGCAUCCUCGACGAUGCUGCCAGCUCUGCAUCUUCAGCGACCGAUGAAGUUGUGGUCGAAGAUGCGACCAAGACCGAGGGCUUGAGACAUCGCUCUGCUACCAUCAAGAGCGAGAACAACGGAAAGAGAGCCGCCAUUCUGCGAGUUGCAAACGCUGGCGUCGCGCGUGAAAUUCAGAGUGAUUUGGAAACAUAUCCCUGCCCAGCGGAUGUUAAGAUCCAGACCGAUAUUCGACACAAGUACCAGCUUCUCCACGACAGAAUUCGUGACGAGGGCUUGUACCAAUGUCCUUACAUCGACUACGGCAAGGAGAUGGCUCGAUACACUACCUUAUUCACCCUCUUUGGUGUCUUGUUCUAUAACCAGUGGUACAUCACCUCUGCUGUGUUCUUGGGUCUGUUCUGGCAUCAAAUCAUGUUUACGGCGCACGAUGCCGGUCAUCUUGCGAUUACCUCCAACUUCGUUUUCGAUACUCUUGUCGGCAUGUUCAUUGCCGAUUUCUGCUGUGGUCUUUCAAUCGGCUGGUGGAAGAGCAGUCACAAUGUUCACCACCUUGUGACAAACGCACCUGAGCACGACCCCGAUAUCCAGAACGUCCCUCUCUUCGCCACCUGCCCAUCCUUCUUCAAGUCCCUCAGCUCAACCUACUACAACGGCUUCGUCUUUUACUGGGAUGCCGCCGCGGACUUCCUCGUUCCCUACCAGAAGUACACCUACUACCCUGUUAUGGGCAUCGCUCGCUUCAACCUCUACCUCCUCUCCUGGCUUCACGUCCUCUCCUCAAAGUCCUCCCAGCUUGGAAAGUCGCGCGCUUGGUGGAUUCGACCUACCGAGAUCUCCUUCAUGGCGUGCUACUGGUUCCUCUUCGGCUACUGCCUCCUCUGGCGCGGACUCCCUGACUGGACCACCCGUGUUAUCUUCGUCCUGGUCUCCCACAUCAUCACCAUGCCUCUGCACGUCCAGAUCACCCUUUCCCACUGGGGCAUGUCGACUGUUGAUCUCGGCGAGGAGGAAUCUUUUGCGCAGCGUCAGCUUCGAACAACUAUGGAUGUGGACUGCCCUGCCUGGUUGGACUUCAUCCACGGAGGUCUUCAAUUCCAGGCCGUUCACCAUCUUUUCCCUCGUGUGCCUCGACACAACCUUCGCAAGGUGCAGUUCAUGCUCCGCGAAUUCUGCGCCGACACGGGUAUUCCUUACUCUAUCCUCAACUUCACCGACGGAAACCGAAAGGUUCUGGGCCGUCUGCAGGAUGUGAGCGAUCAGCUUGAUGUCAUGAUCAAGUGCCAGCAGCACAUGGCGAGAACGGGAGAGAGCGGUUUGCACUAA